UAAUCCCACAGCACCGAGGGCCCUGAUGAAAAUGGACUCAGACUUGCUUCAUUCACCGGCCAUGGGCCUGGCUGAGGAAGAGGAGGCCGACAUGAAUGACUGGAAGCUCCCCCUGGCCUUCAUGAAGAAGCGGCACUCGGAAAAGAUUGAGGGCUCCAAGGCCUUGGCACAGAGCUGGAGGAUGAAGGACAGGAUGAAGACCGUGAGUGUAGCGCUGGUGUUGUGUCUCAACGUGGGAGUGGACCCUCCUGAUGUGGUCAAGACCUCCCCCUGUGCCAGACUGGAGUGCUGGAUAGAUCCUCUAUCGAUGAGCCCUCAGAAAGCCCUGGAGACCAUCGGGGCCAACCUGCAGAAGCAAUAUGAAAACUGGCAACCCAGGGCGCGUUACAAGCAGAGUCUGGACCCCACGGUGGACGAGGUGAAGAAGCUGUGCACGUCGCUGAGACGUAACGCUAAGGAGGAGCGAGUCCUCUUCCACUACAACGGUCACGGGGUGCCGAGACCCACAGUCAACGGAGAGAUCUGGGUCUUUAAUAAGAACUACACCCAGUACAUCCCGCUGUCCAUCUACGACCUGCAGACGUGGAUGGGGAGCCCGUCCAUUUUCGUGUACGAUUGCUCCAACGCGGGAAUCAUCGUCAAGUCAUUCAAACAGUUCGCCCUGCAGAGAGAGCAGGAGCUGGAGGUGGCAGCCAUCAAUCCCAGCCACCCGCUCGCCCAGAUGCCCCUCCCACCCUCCAUGAAGAACUGCAUCCAGCUGGCAGCCUGCGAGGCCAGCGAGCUGCUGCCCAUGAACCCUGACCUCCCCGCCGACCUCUUCACUUCCUGCCUCACCACACCCAUCAAGAUCGCCCUCCGAUGGUUUUGCAUGCAGAAGAGUGCCAAGUUGGUGCCAGGGGUGACGUUAGACCUCAUUGAGAAGAUCCCUGGAAGGCUCAACGACAGACGCACUCCCCUCGGAGAGCUCAACUGGAUCUUCACAGCCAUCACUGACACGAUCGCCUGGAAUGUGCUGCCUAGAGAUUUGUUCCAGAAGUUGUUUCGUCAGGACCUGCUGGUGGCCAGCUUGUUCCGCAAUUUCCUAUUGGCAGAGAGGAUAAUGAGGUCAUACAACUGUACGCCGGUCAGCAGUCCCCGUCUGCCCCCGACAUACAUGCACGCCAUGUGGCAAGCAUGGGACCUGGCCGUGGACAUCUGCCUCUCUCAGCUGCCUACCAUCAUCGAGGAGGGCACCGCCUUCAGACACAGUCCUUUCUUCGCGGAGCAGCUGACGGCGUUUCAGGUGUGGUUGACGAUGGGUGUGGAGAACAGGAACCCUCCUGAGCAGCUCCCCAUUGUACUGCAGGUCCUCCUUAGUCAAGUGCAUCGGCUUCGGGCUCUAGAUCUGCUUGGACGGUUUCUGGACCUCGGACCCUGGGCUGUCAGUCUGGCCCUGUCUGUAGGGAUCUUCCCCUAUGUGUUAAAGCUGCUUCAGAGCUCAGCCAGAGAGCUGCGGCCACUGCUGGUUUUCAUCUGGGCUAAGAUCCUGGCUGUGGACAGUUCAUGUCAAGCUGACCUGGUAAAAGACAACGGACACAAGUACUUCCUGUCAGUUUUGGCCGACAAUUACAUGCCAGCUGAGCAUCGAACAAUGGCUGUCUUCAUAUUGGCGGUUAUAGUCAACAGCUACAACACAGGACAGGAGGCCUGUCUCCAGGGCAACCUAAUAGCCAACUGCCUGGAGCAGCUGUCAGACCCUCAUCCCUUGCUCCGCCAAUGGGUGGCCAUUUGCCUGGGCCGGAUCUGGCAGAACUUCGACCCAGCUCGCUGGUGUGGAGUCCGAGACAGCGCCCACGAGAAGCUGUACACCCUGUUGUCGGACCCCAUCCCUGAGGUGAGGUGUGCAGCUGUCUUCGCUCUGGGAACUUUUGUGGGAAAUUCUGCUGAGAGGACGGACCACUCAACCACCAUUGACCAUAAUGUGGCCAUGAUGCUGGCCCAGCUCAUCAAUGAUGGCAGCCCUGUGGUCCGCAAGGAGCUGGUCGUAGCACUGAGUCACCUGGUGGUCCAGUACGAAAGCAACUUCUGUACAGUUGCCCUCCAGUUUAUAGAGGAAGAGAAGAACUACACAGUGCCGUCACCAGCCAACACAGCAGAGCCUGGUAACCUGACUCCAGUGAGGGACAGCCCGGCCAUCCCACGCCUGCGAUCGGUCAACUCCUACACCAACAUCCGAGCUGCUACUACUGCCCGCAAUCUGAACAAGAGCCUGCAGAACCUCAAUCUCAAUGAAGAGGGUGGACCGGCGGCCUUCUCUCCUGGUAACCUGAGCACCAGCAGCAGCGCCAGCAGCACCCUGGGGAGCCCCGACAACGAUGAAUACAUCCUGUCCUUCGAGACCAUCGACAAAAUGCGACGGGUCUCCUCGUAUUCUUCGCUCAACUCCCUCAUAGGUGUGUCCUUCAACAGUGUUUACACUCAGAUCUGGAGAGUGCUGCUGCAUCUGGCCGCAGACCCGUUUCCUGAGGUGUCGGACCUGGCCAUGAAGGUCCUUAACAGCAUAGCGUACAAGGCGACGAUGAACGCUCGGCCGCAGAGGAUCCUGGACUCUGGAUCUCUCACGCAGUCGGCCCCAGCCAGUCCCACCAGCAAGGGCACGCACAUUCACCAGGCUGGUGGGUCUCCCCCCAUGCCUAGCACCAGCAGCUCAAGUUUGACCAAUGAGGUGCCCAAACCCCCCGCCAGAGAGCAGCCCGCCACACGGCCGCCCUACACCCCGACACUGGGAGGACAGGCACCCCACUCCCACCAGUUCCCCCGCACCCGCAAGAUGUUUGACAAGGGACCAGAGCAGGCAGCUGAAGACGGUGACGAGCCGGGUGGUCACAGGAACUACAUCAGUCCCGCCCUCCAGACGGGCCUGUGUGACUGGAGUGCAAAGUAUUUUGCUCAGCCUGUUAUGAAGAUCCCAGAGGAGCAUGACCUGGAGAGUCAGGUGAGGAUGGAGCGGCAGUGGAGGUUCCUGAGAAAUGCUCGUGUGAGAAGGCAGAGCCGAAGUAUCACACAAAGAGGUGUUUCCCGUCUGGAUGAUCAAAUAUUCAUCAACCGUAACCCUGGAGUACCGUCUGUUGUGAAGUUCCACCCUUUCAACACCUGCAUUGCCGUGGCCGACAAGGACAGCAUCUGUUUCUGGGACUGGGAGAAGGGCGAGAGACUGGACUACUUCUACAACGGAAACCCUCGUUACACUCGCAUCACAGCUAUGGAGUACUUGAACGGACAUGACUGUUCGUUACUGCUCACUGCCACAGAUGAUGGAGCGUUACGUAUCUGGAAGAACUUCGCUGACCAGAAGAACCCGGAGAUGGUGACGGCGUGGCAGGGUCUCUCCGACAUGCUGCCCACUACCCGAGGUGCAGGUAUGGUUGUGGACUGGGAGCAGGAGACGGGACUCCUCAUGACGUCUGGAGAUGUCAGAGUCAUCAGGAUCUGGGACACUGACAGGGAGAUGAAGGUCCAGGACAUCCCGACAGGAGCAGACAGCUGUGUGACCAGUCUGUCCUGUGACUCCCAGCGUUCACUCAUCGUUGCCGGCCUGGGUGACGGAUCUGUACGUGUCUUCGACAGGAGGAUGGGUCCUAAUGAAUGUCGGGUGAUGACCUACAGGGAGCACGGAGCCUGGGUGGUCAAAGCUCAUCUACAGAAGGAGACAGAUGGACAUAUUAUCAGUGUCAGUGUUAACGGAGACGUGCGAUUCUUUGAACCGCGGACACCAGACUCCAUCAAUGUGCUGCAGACGGUGAAAGGGUUAACAGCGCUGGACAUCCACCCACAGGCUAACCUGUUCGCCUGUGGAUCGAUGAACCAGUUCAUAGCGGUCUACAAUGCAAACGGCGAUGUGAUCAGCAACAUUAAGUACUAUGACGGCUUCAUGGGACAAAGGAUCGGGGCCAUCAGCUGUUUAGCCUUCCAUCCUAACUGGCCACACUUGGCAGUAGGCAGCAACGACUACUACAUGUCCAUCUAUUCAGCCGAGAAGAGACUCAGAUAA